UCCUGGCUUCUGUGCUGUGCUUACCAGCAGUAUUUGGUUCAGGGUUACCUCUGUCAAUUCCAAUUCAAAUUGAAAAGACUUGAAUCAAGUCCCUGCUGGUGCAGACCAAGUGGACCCCUGGUAUAACUCAUGAAAUAGCUCUGGGUUCUUAUGCCGAGGGAAAGGUUUAUGAAAACACCACACAGAGGAAUCAGUUCACUUGCCUGCAGCGCUGAAGGGGUUAAGCAAAGCAGCUUCCGUUCACUGAAGCUCUAGAGGUGUAGCCGGGAGUCACAGCGCACUGAAACCAGCAGCAGGGUCAGAGCUGUUAGGAAGGGAGGAAGCGCUUCACGUCUCACGCAUCACAGGGUUUGCAGACAGGGCUGCUGUAGGUUUUUCUUCUCCUUUUCAACUUUUACAAACCGUUUGCCUGCAUUGUGAACCAAGACUCGUCAGGCUCAAGAUUAACCAUGGCAGAAUACGGUUUCGAGGAGAUUGGUGAGGAUGAAGUGAAUGACAUACGGGAAGCAAUGGAAGCUGGGGGUUUAGCAGGGGCUGCAGAACGUAUCCAGGCUUACCUGGAGUCGCUAGACAGCGUGGAGCUCAACAUCGCCAUCACCGGGGAGUCAGGAGCGGGCAAGUCCACCUUCGUCAACGCCUUCAGAGGACUGGAGGAGGAGGACGAGGGGGCAGCCCCGACGGGGGUGGUGGAGACCACCGCGGAGCCCACCGCGUACCCUCACCCCAAGUUUCCCAACGUCACGAUCUGGGAUCUUCCAGGGAUCGGAACGCCGAACUUCAAAGCAGAUGAAUACCUGGAGCAGGUGAACUUCAAGCGCUACGAUUUCUUCAUCAUCAUCGCGUCCGAGCGCUUCCGAUCCAACAACAUGACGCUCGCCAUGCAGAUCCAGGAGAUGAAGAAGAAGUUCUACUUUGUCCGCUCCAAGAUCGACGAAAACCUCAGGGCGGAGAGCAGAAAGAGAGGCUACAGCGAGGAGAAGACUCUGGACCAGAUCAGACAAAACUGUGUCCAGGUCCUGCAGGACCACGGCAUGAAGGACCCGCGGGUCUUUCUGAUCUCCAGCUUCGACCUGAAACUCUACGACUUCGACAGGCUGGAGGAGACCCUGGAGAAGGAGCUCCCCAAACACAAGAGGCACAUCCUGCUGCUCUCCCUGCCCAACAUCUCCCUGCAAGUUCCAAAGCGGAAGCAGGAGGAGCUGCGAGCCAGGAUCUGGAAACUAGCUGCCCUUUCGUGCGGGGUCGCCGCCGUGCCCAUCCCCGGUCUCUCGGUAGUUUGUGACGUCGCUAUCUUGGUUAGAGAGCUGACGCUUUACUACAACACUUUCAGCCUGGAUGAUGAAUCCCUUCAGAGCCUGGCCCAGAGGGUGGGUAAACCAGUGGAAGACCUGAAGUCGGUGAUCAAAUCCCCGCUUGCGAAGGAGAUAUCGACUGAUGUGGUCCUCAAGCUGCUGACGAAGGCAGAAGGAGGAGGGCUCAUGUUGGCAGGGUACUGGCUCCGGAUCUUCCCCAUCAUCGGAUCUGUAGUGGCGCAAGGGAUCUCGUUUGGAACCACCCGUUACAUGCUGAAGAGCUGCUUGGAGGAGCUAGCGGAGGACGCACAAAAUGUCCUUAAAAAAGCCUUUGAGGUGGAAGUAUGAAGCCUCCCAAUUAGUGGUUGCAAUCCUGGGAUCCCGUAUGCUAAUUCAGCUCCCAAAAUCCCAGGAUGUAUAGAAGAGAAUUAUUAUUUGUUUAUUUAGCAGACGCCUUUAUCCAAGGCGACUUACAGAGACUAGGGUGUGUGAACUAUGCAUCAGCUGCUGAGUCACUUACAAUUACGUCUCACCCAAAAGAAGGAGCACAAGGAGGUUAAAUGAUUUGCUCAGGGUCACACAAUGAGUCAGCGGCUGAGGUGGGAUUUGAACCGGGGACCUCCUGGUUACAAGCUUGUUUCUUUAACCACUGGACCACACAGCCUCCUAGGAUUGUAUUAAGGCAACUGGUUCUGUUUUUAGUCGCGAUUUUCCCUUGUUUUGUUAUGUCUGCUUCACUUAGUAACUAGGCAACCAAGCCCUGCCGCUGAAAUUAAAACCGUGAGAUUUGGAAUUUCGCUUUAAUGGUAACAACCACUGUCUGCAGCUACUCAGCUCAACGUGGCAGAGGGAAAUGAAAAAUGGACUUUUACUGACUGUGACAAAGGAGACUCAGAGGUGACAUUCAGUAUGUACACGGGUCAUUCCACGCCAACGCAACCACACAAAGGGGCGUUCUGUUGCUCGACCGUCUCAGAUUUUGUUAGAAAAAUUCACCUGGAGGUUUGCAACCUGGCCUGCUGAGUGGCAAAGGUCAACCUAAAGUGAAAAAAUCACCCUGGGCUCAACUUAGACGCUACCAUCAUGUGUAGCACCUCGUUCGACUCUUUCACCCCAAAAUCACUGCAAGAUAUUUUUGGAUAGAUGUUGAUGAGAUCUACAAGAAUCAAGCAAAACACUUUGGUAUCCGUGGAUUUUGGAGUUUUGGCUGUUUUUCUGAGAACCAAUUGAGGUUUUGGUAGUUUCAAAUGGGUCUCUGUAACAAAGAAAUCUAAGCUCCAUGUGCAAGUUCAUAACCUCUCAGCUCCAAGCUAGUGCCACUGGAAGCACACCCUGUCACUUUUUACUCUAGAUCUAACCCCAGACAAUGCACAAUUGAAGACUAACGCCAAUUUGGUUAGGACUAUGUGGACAGGGGCAGCAGUGUGGAGUAGUGGUUAGGGCUCUGGACUCUUGACCGGAGGGUCGUGGGUUCAAUCCCAGGUGGGGGACAUUGCUG